UCGACUUGAUACGUUCUCUUUGACUUUUCCAGCAGCAAUGGCUUCCCGUUCUGCCUAACUAUUUGGGAACGGGCGACCUUCAAAACAACACGGCCACUUCGCCAUCUUCAUUCCGAACGCCUCGGACGCCGAAGAGUGCCGUGGCACAGUUAUACAUGUCGUUGGCGACCCACUAACUGGCUUCUACCACAAAUUCAAGCGCAACUAUGUUACCUUUGACUCGAUGACGUUGAUUAUGACUGUUUUACUUGGAUACGCCGGUGAAUCCCUUUAUGCCGAUACAAGUAGCGAUGAGGUUUCCAGUGACCAACGCGCCCUGGGGCCUCUUGAUGUGGCAGCUCUUGAGGUGCCACUCCCCGGGAAGAGCGACGUCAGGGCUCCUGUUGAUGGUGUAUGUUCUUCCAUUCAGCGUCAACUCCCCUGGUGCUCAAUGCUAACGUGUUCUCAGGUGGUCAACAAACGCUGCAACGAGUGGACCAUGGAGUAUGUGCAAUAUCUGAUCACCUUGGGCUAUUUGCACAGCAGCGCCUUCAACUGGUUCAGGAACAGCGCGACCCCCCAACUCACGGCGUCAUGGUUCGUCGCGGGGCCAGCAGCGAAUAGCCUGGAUCAUCGUCCAAAUCUUGAACGGACUCCUGGCCGGAGGCGAGAAACUGACUCCUGGUCGGACAUGGGAUGUGGAUGUUCCGCCGAGGCUACUGGAACUGUGUUUCAGGAGGAAGGACUAGAAUCUUCUGGACAAGAAAGUGUUGUGGCCGAUCUUUGGGGCCCUUGUUGACAUGAGUUCACUCUUCACUCUUUUCCAGGUAGCACGGCACUCACUUGAUUGGGUUUAUGUUGGAAUUGAUUGCUUGACGUUAGCAGUACAUCACGUUAUAUCUGAGCAUGUGUACAAGUGCAGUGUAAUAUAAACCGGGCAGGUA